CGCGUUACCUCGCGAAGUUUCAGUUUUGCUGCGCUUUAAGGAGCGCGCACCUGCUUUCAGUGAUUUAUUACUGACGGUGACGGAGAGACGCACAACGCUGCAGUUCAACCAAAUCUGAUUGCGAUCAACAAAAGCGCAACGAAGAGCGCGGUUUUAUUUUAUUAAAACAUUUGCAACCUCGUGACGCAUCAACUGCCUCUCUCGGUCCGUUAUGCCUCGUUCGUUCCUGGUGAAAAAGAGCAGGAAGGGGAGCUUUCGCGCCUCGCCCCCCAUAGCUGAUGGGCCCUACCUCGGCCUAGUAGGUUGGUCCGUCCCCCUAAAAGUUUCCACAUUGCCGGAGGAAUCAGCCCAGGAGGCACAACCACAUUCUCCGCUCAUGAAAAAAGACAACACACAUCAGAGUCACGAGAAUGGCUGGGUAACAGAUGCAGCAGAUUUCCAAUUUGGCUCUCCUAUGUCUCCAGUCCCCUGGUUACCCGUCAUCUCCAGAGACAGGCAGGAGCUCAACAGCAGCUCUCUGACAAAUCCCACAAAACACUGCAGCUUAUGUGGAAAGAUGUUCUCUUCCCUCGCUCGCCUGGAGACUCACGUGUACAGAUCACACAGCGGUCGUCACGGACACUCUCUAGCAUUCCUUGAAAGCAAAGACCCUGUGACGACAUGCAGAGUCAAGGAACGGACGUUUGACUGCAAGGAAUGUGGGAAGAUUUUCAAGCGCUCAUCCACAUUAUCCACUCAUCUGCUGAUCCACUCGGACACACGACCGUAUCCCUGUCAGUACUGCGGCAAGAGAUUCCAUCAGAAAUCCGAUAUGAAAAAGCACACGUUCAUACACACAGGUGAGAAGCCGCAUGUGUGUAAAGUGUGCGGUAAGGCCUUCAGUCAGAGCUCCAAUCUCAUCACACACAGCAGAAAACACUAUAGACCCUUCAACUAAAUGCAGACAGACAAACAAACAAACACACACGUGCGUGCCCGCACAUUCCUCCAGCGGGACCUGGAGCUGAAUGCUUACCCAACCAAGAUUGUGCAUGUACUUUAGCUUUACAAAACAGAAAGUAUUAUAAGUGUACAGUUGUAUAUAAAUUGUUGCUUUAACAGAAGCAGUUUAGUGUAAAAAUUAAAUCACAAUGUGAAAUGAAAUGAAUAUUGAGUUACAUUGAGCAUUUGAUUUUAUGCAUAUAUUUGGAAGAUGUUCUUAUGUAAAGCAACAUACAUUGGAUUUGACUUCAAAGUUUGGUUUUCAUUAGCAUAUUUGUUCUCUAAAGGAAUAAAAAACAUCAAUUUGGAACUAAGGACGCAGACAAGGUCCUUCACAUUCGCGCUUUUGUCUUGGUUACUGCAGCAUUAUUUUUGUGUUUGCUUACAUUCACUGUUGUAAAACCAAAAUGGAAUUACUUACUUUCAAUGUCUCAUGCCACUAUUACUGAUAAAACUUUGUUCGCUUGAUUAUGUCUUCCGGUGCAAUUCAUUUUAAAGUGAUUUUUAUGUGUGUUUCCUAAUUUAAAGACUCUGUAAAGACAUGCUUUACAUUCUACAAAUAUGUAACUAAACAUUGAAAUAAUAAACUAGAGCUCUGAGUAAAUGAGUGAAGAUAA